AGGCAAAACACAACCCGACUGGAGCAGCAGCGCAGUCCACCACUGGAUAGAGCGGAGGUGACAUAAAAGAGACACUGAUUGCUGGGACCUGUAAGCCAGUAAGGAGACAAACCCGACUUCAAGAGAGAGAAAGGAGCAGAGGAUGUCCAGAGCUGACUGGUCCUUCCUGGAGCACCUGCUGGAAGAGGGCCAGGAGUAUUCAACAGCUAUUGGUCGGGUCUGGCUUACCGUACUCUUUCUGUUUCGCAUGCUGGUGCUGGGGACUGCUGCUGAAUCUGCCUGGGAUGACGAACAAGCAGACUUUGUCUGCAACACCCUACAGCCCGGCUGCACUGCUGUCUGCUAUGACAACGCCUUCCCCAUAUCCCACUUCCGCUACUUUGUCCUCCAAGUCAUCUUUGUCUCCACGCCGACCAUCUUCUUCUUUGGAUAUGUGGCUGUAAGGGCUGGGAAGGAGAGGAGAAAAGAGGAUGAGAAGCAGGCCGAAGAAGGUGAUGCUGGCGGAAGAAAGAAAGGGGAUGUUCAGACAGAAAGGGGCAAUAAUGAUGGGAGCACAAAAAAUGAAGAGAAAGAGAAAGAAAAGAGUGGUGGGAAAGGCAGAAAACCGGAUAAGUCUUCUGAGGCUCCCAAACUGAAAGGCAGGCUGCUGGGAGCAUAUGCAUUCAGCAUCAUAUUAAAAGUCCUAUUGGAGGUUGGCUUUAUUGUUGGGCUUUGGUUCCUUUACGAUGGCUUCUUCAUUGCACCAAAGUUUGAGUGCUCAAAGAACCCUUGUCCUCAUAUGGUGGACUGCUUUGUGUCCCGACCCACAGAAAAGACCAUUUUCACCAUCUACACACAGGUGAUUGCCGUCAUCUCGAUGUUCCUCAACAUCAUCGAACUCGUCCAUUUACUCCAGCUUGCCAUCGCCUAUCGGCUGAAGAAACGCUCAGCCCAGCAACAAGACUACCUACCUUGGCCCGAGCGGGAACCGGUGCAACAAAGGACUCCAGAACUCCAAAUGGAGACAUCACAGGCUUACAAAGUAGGGAGCUGCAGCAACCUCCCCAUGCAGGGUCAGGCUGCACACUGUCCAAACCCCUGUGAGAGCUACGGGGACAUGGCGAUAGAGGGGAACUGGGGGACUGGAGAGGCUGGGACCGAUGCCCUUCCUAGUUAUGUGAACUGCAUGGGGGCCAUGAGGACAACACAUUCCCCUAGAGUCCAUUAUAAGAAACAUGCACACCACACUGGCAAAACUACUAAGGGUGCCCACAAGGGACACUCAAAACAAAAGAAUUAUGUAUGAUGCAGUCAGAUGGAUUAAUAAUGAUGUCUGUUUCUACGAGAGCUGUGUUUUUCACAAUUAUUAUCCUGCACAAAACACUUGACUGUCAGGAGUGAACAGUAAGGACUCAAACGGGGAGGGGGGGGGGGGCAGAGGAGAACAGCUACUGUACUGUGAACCUAAUGCCUCAGAGGCUGACAGACAUUCAAACAGAGAUUUAUCAGAUAAAUGGACCUAUUCAAAAUGAAGCAUUUUAAGAACACUCCCCCAAGGCAAAGAAAAUGAGACUCCACAUUGAGAGAAGAUUAAAGUCAUAAGAUGCCUUCAUGUUACAUUUAAUGGCUUUUAGUGCUGAAUGUGACAGUGGGAAAAAAUACUGCAAGGAGGGUUUGUGGAGAGGUUUUUUCAUGAGUGUUUAUUGGAGAGAAUGUAGCAGAAGCUAAAUUUAAGUAUAUUCCCUUGAGAUUUGCACUGUAACCCCUGAAGUUUUUUUUAAUUAAUUAAUUUUUUUUUAAAACCCAGUUCUUUCCCAGUGGCUCUGUCCACCCUGUGGAAUGUACUGGUCUCUAGAUCAUGCUCAGGUCCCGGGAGGAUAAUGACUGUGGAUGCAUGCAUGCAUGCAUGCUCACACACAAUAUCAUUUUCCCCUUUUACCCAGAGAGUUUUGGUCACUCAGAUUGAGGAUGUGGACUUGGACAGCAGGCGCAGAGGGAAGGGGAAGCCAAAUUAUUGGGAUUUGUUGUCGUCAACAACCACGGCAUUGUAUCUAUGAAGAAAAAGAGAGAGAACACAGAGCACAAAGACAAGCAUCCAGUUUGAAGAUGAAACCUUUUAGUGAGUUAGAGAUAGAACUUGCACAGUGAAUGAGCUGAAAGCGGUACAGAAAUGUACAAAUCUAAAGAAAGGAAAUAAGCAAUUAUGUGAACAAAAAUGUAUUUAAUGUUUAUUUUUGAGAUAUUGCAAAGAAAUACCUGUGAUUAUAUUUAUUAUUCUUGAGGAAAUAAAGUUUAAAGUACAGAGA